AGUUGAAAGUACCUGGUGUUGAAGUUGAAGUUUCCCUUGAAGUGUUAAUAGUUCCUAGACAACUUAGUGCAUCUUGUUAUUGUUCAGCAGGCACCUGAGACAUGAAAUUGUUGUUGAAAUGGCCCUCUCUUCACGCAGGACCGAAGCUAAACUCUUCAAUAGUGUUGUGAGAAGGUUGAAUCCAGCUGGCAGCCAAACGUUAUCCUUUCAUAGUCACUACAAACUGCUCGCCAAUUGCAUGUCUACUCCAUCACCUGACACUGCGUAAUUUCUCAUAAGUGGUAACUAGGUGUGCGGCGUUGCCAACUGUGAGGAUGAUGGACACGUCAGCGCCCGACCCGCUGACCCUGUCGGUGGCGUCGGACGACGAUGACGGCUGCCUGUCGUCGCACUCGAGUGAUUACGGCAACACUGCCGACCUAAUGGCGGCGGCCAUGGGCGACGAGGUCACCGCUCAGUUGGCGGCUGCAGGUUGGCAAAAACAGCACUUACACGGACCGGUUGGAAUGGCAGCGGCUGCCGCCAUUGUUUCGGCGAAAAAACGCAAACGACCGCACUCGUUCGAGACAAAUCCCUCGAUCAGGAAGCGCCAACAGAAUCGACUUCUACGUAAACUUAGGGCAACAAUUGACGAGUUCGCAACGAGAGUGGGCCAACAGGCGGUUGUACUGGUGGCCACACCCGGCAAACCCACCACUAGUUUCAAAUGCUUCGGUGCUAAACCCCUCGAAGAUGUGGUGAAAAACCUGCGCAGCAUGAUAAUGGACGAGCUGGAGUCGGCCCUGGCCCAACAGGCGCCUCCCCCCAUUCAGGAGGACCCCUCCCUCUACGAGCUGCCCCCCCUCAUCAUAGACGGCAUCCCCACCCCGGUUGAGAAGAUGACGCAGGCGCAGCUCAGGGCUUUCAUUCCGCUCAUGCUCAAGUAUUCCACAGGAAGGGGCAAACCGGGAUGGGGCCGUGAGUCAACCCGACCACCAUGGUGGCCGAAAGAGUUACCCUGGGCCAAUGUACGCAUGGACGCCAGACCCGAAGAGGAAAAGCAAAAGUGCCGGAACUUGCAGAUCUCCUGGACACACGCGCUGCGCCAAAUCGUGAUCAACUGCUACAAGUACCACGGUCGCGAGGACCUGUUGCCCGCGUUUAGCGAGGCUGACGACAAUUCGAACGCUGGCAAUCAGCUGGGAGGCCAACAACAGGCCGCAAAUCAGUCUGCCAGUCAGGCAAACAAUCAGGCGCAGACCACGGUGACAACGCAGUACGCGCCAGCCGUGCUGCAGACGAUCAGUAACCCGGAUGGAACGGUGUCCAUAAUCCAGGUGGAUCCCAAUAAUCCGAUCAUCACUCUGCCGGAUGGCACCACUGCACAUGUGCAAGGCGUCGCCACCAUCCACACAGGGGGCGCCGACGGUCACACGGUGCAGGGGGUGCAGCUGGGUGGCGGGGGUGACGGGGGGGCUGGCGGCGAGGGGGGAACUACCACUGUUGCCGUGAACCUGGACAAUGUGACCGAAGCCACCCUCAACCAGGACGGCCAGAUCAUUCUCACCAGCGAGGAUGGACACGGCUAUCCGGUAUCAGUCUCCGGCAUGGUUACCAUUCCGGUAUCAGCCUCCAUGUAUCAAACGGUAGUGGCGAAUAUACAGCAGAUACAUACGCAGAGUGAUGGAACCAUGCAGGUUGUGACACCGACAAUGGUGCACGUGCCGAAGGUGGAGCCGGGUAGCGGGGGUGGGGGUGGUGGCAAUGGGGGUGGUCAGGGGGGUGAAGUGGAGACCAUCACCACACAUCAGCUGGUGGCCAUGGGCGGUGGAGCUGGUGGCGAGCCACAGGUGCUGCAGGUGUUAUCUCUGAAAGACGUGCCAGGCCUGAGCAAAGCGCUUGCAGCUGCAGCAGCCCAGCAACAGGUGGUGACAGCCGCAGCUGCCCAGGAGCAUGUCAAGAUAGAGGACGCACAAACCAUCACUGGCGACCAGUAGUAGGUCAAACUGGUCUUGGGAAGAGCCUCGUUAUAGAUCUUCCCUAUCUGUGUUACCUCAUAAUAUAAUACGGUAUAUUAAUAGUUUUAAAUAUCAUGGAUGGUGAAAGAAUUAUUUCAUUGUCUAUUGCAUCCAAAAAAUUAUAUCAUUAUUAUAGUUAUAAUCUAUGCUGAAUGUCGUAGCCACAGAUUAUCAUAGUUGCAUUUUUUAUUAAUGUUUAUUAUUUAUUGUCUUGGAAUAUUUCAAACUGGAUCGAAUGAUAUCAUUGAUUGUUCCUAUCGUGAGAUACAUUUCAAACAGUCAGCAUUGAGAAACAUUUAUGUUAUUUCUUUUAAAUGGCUGAAAGUUCAGCGUAUGCGCAGUAGCGACAGAAAUUACGUAAUAUUUAUAAGAAAUGCUAACAGUUUGAGAUGAAUUUCGCCAUUUUUUCAUGUGUGCCAUCGUGAAAUAGGCAUGUAACAUGUAACAAACAUCACAUUGGCUGAAGUGUACAUAGACAUCUAGUAUGUUUAUUAAUAACUAUGAUAAUAAUGUUUAUAAGAAUCAUAUAAUAAAAGUCUGUGCCAUUUUGGCAGUACAUUUCUAUGAUUGUGAAAAUGAAUGGUCAAGUAGUAUAAAUUAAUCCAGAGUAGUGAUUUUAAAUUGUGACAUUUGAAGUAUCCAAUUUUGUUUUUAAACCAUGUAACCUAUAUAUCUCCAAAGUGAACGUUUUGUUUUCAAUUUACGCUUUGAAAGCGGUGUUUCAAGUUAUUUUAGUAUAAUUUAUUAUGUUACGUUUUAGGGCGAUCAUUUUUUAUGUUCCUUGAGUUUUUUAUUAUUGUUUUAGUCAGAGUCCAGAGAAAGUUAGUUAGAAUCACUUUUUACUGUCAGCAUUGUUCGAAUGGGUGGCAUUGAUAUUGUCCAUAAGGAUUGCUGACAGUUGUAGAGUGAAUCAAUGACACUAUAGCUCCAGAAACGUGAGGAUCUAUUAAUCGAUUAUUUCAUUGAUUUCUAUUGAUAGAUACAGCUAUUUAAAUACCAAAUAGUAUGUGUUUGUAAACGUUACCUUUCAGAUUCAACACCUGCUUGAACUGAAUUUAUGUUCUGGGGAGCCUAUGUUUCGAAAACAUCUCUUAGCUUAGAAGAUAAAAAAUAAUGUUUUAGAAUGAUCGAACGGGUUUCAUUUUAAAAUUGUUCAAAACCUUGAACGAUUCUAAUUUUAAACUAAUUACAGCGAGUGUAAAUAUAUUACAAAACUAUCCACUUGUAGUUUGUAUUAAAAAUGAAGGCUUUUGCGAAUUUAAAUAAUGAAUUUUGAAUUUUUGAUUUUUCAUAUAAAAAGAUAGUACAGGUUACCUAUAUUAUGUUUGGUUGGAUCAGUAGCUCCAAAAUCCCUUGAACGGAGUUUUGUAUUGCCGUAGCGAACGAAGCACGGGUGCUUACUAUAGAAAGAUUCACGUUUUGAAAACAGUGGAAAUGAUAGUUAUGCAUUGUUGUCACUUUCCCUCUCCCACCGCCUUUUAUAGUAGAUUUUUUAGCUGUUUUUCAAGUUACCUCCCGGUAAAUCUGAUCUGAUACCGUAUUAAUUGUUGGUUCUUGAUUAUCAAUUCUAUCUCAAAUAUAUAUUGUCAAGAAAGUAUAUUUUAUCUUGAUUUAAUAAUCAAUAUUUUCGAAACUGAGAUGAAAUAUUUUGGUAGGUAGUUCAUCAUUUCUACAUAGUCUACAAACAAUUUGAAAAUAGUGCGGAGUUGGAAAAGGAUAGAGCUGUUUGCUUUGUCUAAUGACAGACAAGGAUAGCAAACCAAUGUUAAUCAGGUGCUGGCUUCAUAACAUAAAUCUCACUAUAGGUUUAUUUAAAUUUGAACAUUUAAAAUAUUAUCUUCAAUUAAUAGUUGGAUAAAAUUGUGUUUGAAACAUAGGCUUACAUCUUCCCUGUCUUAUGUCUCAACAGUUUUCAUUUUCUUUUUGUUAACUCUUAUUGAAUUCUUAGUUGUUAUCAUAUUCCAAUUUAUUUGUUCUCAAUGUUUAUUGAAUAAAUGUGUAAAGCAUGGCUUAUUUGGAUAAUUAUGCUUGUGUUAUAUCUAGUUAUACAAAAUAAUACGAAUAUUGUCAAAAAUUUAGAACAUGCUUUCAAUGUGUCUGUCUCUGUCUAAUUAAAUGUAUUAUAGGAUCAAUCUAUUAUUGCAAACUGUAUCUAGAAUAUUCCAUCUCCAUUGAAUUCAUUCAACUAUUUACACGAAUGAAUUUUAACGACUGAUUGUAUAUUUAUUAAAUUCCAUACGAAGGGUGUGUAUCCAUUAUAUUAUAUAGUUCAUAGUUUGUAAGUAAAUGAAAUGGCUAGUCAAUUUAAAUUUAUUUUCAACCAGUUAAAAUAUUGUUCAGUUUAGUACACCGUAUUUCAUGAGUGAUUGAAAUUUCCAAAUGAUUCAAUUUGUUAGCUUGUAAUUAUCGUAAUGUUUUUGGAGUAAAUGUUAUUGUUCUUAAUAUUUCUGGUAUUGACAAUUUUAGGAAGGAGAUUGCUUGAUAAGAUUGAUUGAUUAUAGAAUGAUUAACUAAGAAUCGAAUAAACAAGCAUAAGUAAAAUAUAAAUUUUCAUAGAAUGAAUUUAUUAUUAAUUUUGGAUAUACCAUAUAUAUAUUAUGAAUUGUGAUAGAGACGUAUCUCUUCCAAAAACAACGUUUCAAGUUUUUUUCAUUCAUUUAGAAUUGGCAUUAAUCUAGAAUAUCUUGAUAAUAGGAUGAUCAUAUUGAAUAUGAUUCUCCAAAUUGCACUCUUGAUUUGAUUUUUCAUUUUAAAAUCAUUUUGAUUAAUCAAUUAUUCUAUGUAAAGUUAUUAUUAUCUUGAGAAUGAAAAAGUAACAACAUAUUUUUCAGUUCAAACUACUCCUUUAACAUAAUUUAUAAUGAGCCUUGAUGGUGUUUAUAUUUAUCAGUGUUUCAUCCUUGAAAAUCUUGAAAAUAAAUCGCAAUAUUAAUUAACAAAUUAAUUAAUUUUUCAUAGAUUGAAACUAUAAAGGAGCAGGAAGGCAAUUUGACUAGAUUUUGCAUAUAUAUAAUGUAUAAAAUCAACUAAAUUCUCGAAAAUAUGGCCAGUUUAAUUAAGCGAAGUUAACAAGUACUGAGGAAAUGUUUCGAAUCUAAAAAUUCGACUGAGUCUCUAUCAUUGUUGUAAAACCGUUCCUUAAUGAAAUUAAAACACACAUAUAUUGUCAUAUUUUACCGUUUUAUUUGGUAGAGGACCAAGGUCAGCUUAAAAUGUAACCUGUGUGGUCACUAAACCAUGGUCCUGUGCCAAAUAAAACGGUAGAAUUUGACAAUAUAUGUGUUUUUACUUGUUUCUAAUCUAGUUUAUAAGUAGAUUAUGAGGAAAGUAAGGAGGAUAUAAUUGAAUAUCAACAACCAAUUCGCAAAAUACUCUGUCUUUAUAAUUUUUCGAAGCAUGUCAAUUUGAAAAUCUACUUUGUAAAAAUAAUUAAGGACUCACAAUUUUGUGAAGUGAACAACAUAAGACAACCUGUUCGGACUAUGUGCAACCUUAUCUAAAUUUGGGAGAGGAAUAGCACAAGGUUACCUUAUUUUUCCUCUCCCUAUCAUUUUGAUGAUGCACAUAUUGUAUGAAUCAAUAAAAAAUAGAAAUAUAUUAGUUAAAUGAAUAUAUCAAGAUCAAAUCGGUAGAUUAUUUUAAUUUUAAAUAUCUCUUUAUUUAUUUGCAUUUCAUAAUACACAAAUCAAAUACAUGAUCAGAGAAGGACCAACAGGCCUAGCCCAAAACUGUUCCUUCUCCGAAUUUUGAUAGAAGUAUGUCUAAAACCUAUGUUAUGUUUCUUUACUUUGAAUCAAAUCCAAACUGGACUUUCAAGUCCAGAAAUAUACAAACCAAAAUUUGGAAUUUUAUCAGAUUGAUAACAGAAAAAAAUGAAAAUGUUGCACCAAAUUGUAAUUCAAAACUUGAAAACAUUGAAUUAUAUAGAAAUUUAGAAACGAAAAACAAAAUCGAACUCACUCAUGUUUUAAGAUAUAUUAUGUUAAUAAUUAUUAAACGAAAAUCCAAAUUAAAUGCUGUAAAUCACCCCUAUUAAAUAUUAUUAUUUGAAAUUUUUAUCCAUCAAUAUAUUGAUGGAUAAACAUAAUUUAUAUUCUUUCAAUUUGACAUUGAUCUAAGUUUCAAUAAUUAAAAUCUUUAUCAAUAUGAAACUGAUGCUAUCUAAAAAAGUGAGCUUUCCUUUUUCCAGAUUCCUUUCUCUCACAGUAACAGAAUGAUAUUGUUCUAUUACUGCAUAGGUGCUUCAAUUUAUAAUCCUCCUGCUUCCAUUAUUGGCGAAUAAACUUAUUUCUCGGAUAAUGUUUUCUAGAUAGAUUGAUACUUGAUUGUCAAUUAUUAUCUCUUGAUAUAGUUCUGAAUGUUAGUUAUUAUCUAAUAAUUGCAAAUAUUAUAUUGAUAUUGAUAGUACCGAGUAUUGCUAUUGAUUAUGUAUAGCUGGGUUCACACCAAAGUUAUUAACAAAAUGUUAAUAACUUAUUUUUUAUAGAUUCUAUUAGAUUGAACGGAACUUGACAAAGACAUACAGUAUGUCCAUCAUGUGUAUGAUAAGUUAUGUUCAAUCUAAUAGAUUCAAUAAGGAUUAAGUUAUUAACACUGUUAUUAACUUUGGUGUAAACGCAGCUCAAGAUUAGAGUUUUAAAAGUUGUUCCACUGUAAGAAUAUGAUAGAUGAAUAUUGAAUAGAUAACUAGAGUCAUGAUAAGUCAAGAUAACUUUUGAAGUAAUCACAACCAGGAGUUCAACAAAAUUAUAAAAUACCUUUCCAUUGAAGCCUCAAUAAAAUUUUGGGACAUCUCAUAGAAGAAAUUAAUCUAAAAAAAUAGUAAAUGUACUAAGAAUGUCUCUGGUGUAUUUACCAGGAUAACUUUGAUCAAUAAUAUGAAGAAGUAUUCUCGUAAAUCUAGCCUCAAGCUGUGUUUACACCAAAGUUAUCAACAAAAUGUUUAUUUUUCUGUCCUUAUAGAUUGUAUUAGAUUGAACGGAACUUGAUGAACACAUACGCACAUCAUGUGUAUGGUAAUUUAUGUCCAAUCUAAUUGAAUCUAUAAAGCUGCGUUUACACCAAAGUUAAUAACUUAAUCCUUAUAGAUUCUAUUAGAUUGAACAUAACUUAUCAUACACAUGAUGAACAUAAUAUAUAUGUUUGUCAAGUUCCGUUCAAUCUAAUAGAAUCUAUAAGGAUUAAGUUAUUAACAUUUUUUAAAUAAAUUUGGUGUAAACCCAGCUUAAGGACGGAAAAAUAAACAUUUUGUUGACAACUUUUGUGUAAACGCAGCUUUACUUUGGAAAUUGAAAUACCCAACUCUCUUGUCGAUUACAAGUUUUCACGAAUGAAUCUUACAUGAAAAUGAUAUGUGACGUCAUAUUAGGAAAUUUGAAAUUUAUUUCCCAGAAAUUCAUACAUUACAAGUUUGAAAUAUCAUCUAAUUUCACAGUCUCUAUAUAAUAUUGAGAUUCACUUCAAAAGAUAUCGGUAUCAUUAAUUUAUGUUAAUAAAUCAUGAACCUUAACAUAUUUACUGUUAGCAUAUCCUGCUAACAGUAUGAAGUAAAUCUCACCACCUAACUACUUGUAAAAUAUUGAUAUCAAAUGGAUAUCGAUCUUAUUUUGAGCUCGAAGCGUUACCGGUCCAUACAGUUUUCAGUAUUUAACAUCGAUAUCAAAUAAAUCUUUUUUUGAGAUCGAUGGUAUUCUAAGCGUUAUCGGUUCCAUACAGUUUUCAAAAGUGAUGUCGGAUUCAUAUCAUCAAUAAUCAUUGAAACUAUAUUAUAAUUCACGUCAUUCUGUCAGCAUUCCUUGUAAAUAACAUCAAUGCAUUCCAUUGAAUCAUCAAAGCUUCAAACUUCAGUUUUAAAAUUAAAAAACCUCAAGGUUCGAAGUUCAAACUUCAAACUAUCAGAAUACUGAAGCUUCAAAUUUUGUCAGCAUUGAUUCAAUGGAAAGCAAUGAUGCUAUACAAAGGGAAAGCUGACAUUUGAAAGUGAAUCGGACCAUAACAGAUUACCCCAACACAGUGCCUAGUUUAGAGAUAGGAGAUAAUGACGGAUUUGAAACGCUAUUAAUUACUACAGUGACUAUAGAUACAUACUGAUUAAUAGUCUCUGUAGCUAUUGCAACCGUACAACGAAACUAGUGUCUGAGCCAAAUAAUUUUAUCUAAAUUAAGUUGUUCUUGUGAAAACCACUAAGAACUUUCAGAAUAUGCUAUUUAUAAUAGAAGCUAACAGUUAAAUUGAAUAGUGCAUCUUUAAUAGAUUAAACGUUUUCAACUACCUCGAACGAGAAUACAUUUACUCAGUAUUUGUCAACUUUGCAGAAAUGAGUAGAUAGAAGAUAAAUGUGCAAUGUAUGUUUUUGUAUGUUUUGUUGUUGUUUUACUGUUUGUGAAUGUGUGUGUUCAAAUUCAUUGCAGUCAAAGAUGGUAAAUUCAUUGUCAUGUUUAUUGAAUUAAAUUAUUAUGAAUGGAAGUAA